AUGGCCACCGAGCCUCCCACCCCGUGGCCCGGCAACGGCAGCAGAGCCUUCUGCCCGGUGGAUGCCGGCUUUGCCCAGCGCUUCUUGCCCGCUGUUUACCUGGCAGUGAUCCCCCUGGGGCUGGCGGGGAACGGGCUGGGGCUGUGGCACCUCUGCAGCGGGCACCGACGGGGCGCCCACCAUCCCCUCGGGCGGCUGGUGGGGAACCUGAGCCUGGCCGACCUGCUGUACGUCAGCACCCUGCCCUUCCUGGUCAGCUACUACCUGCGGGGCAGAGCGUGGCUCUUCGGGCACGGCUGGUGCCGGAUCACCCGCGGCCUCUUCCACCUCAACCUCUACGCCAGCAUCGGCUUCCUCACCUGCAUCAGCGUCCACCGCUACCUGGGCAUCGUGCACCCGCUGAAGGCCCGGGGCAGGUGCCAAGGGGCAGCCUCUUCCCCGUGGCUCAGCGUGAUGGUCUGGGUGUGGGUCCUGGCCCAGGUGGCUCCAGAUCUCGCCUUCAGCAAGAUGGACGGGACGGGGAUGCGGUGCCACGACACGACGGGGCACGAGCAGCUGGGCACUUACCUGCCCUACACGGCAGCCGUCACCGUGACGGGGUUUGUCAUCCCCUUCCUCAUCAUCAUCGGGUGCUACUGCCACGUGGUGGUGGUGCUCUGCAGGAAUGACACCGUGGACCUCACCCUGAGGAGAAGAAGCAUCAGACUGGUGAUUCUCGUGAUGGUCCUCUUCUCCAUCUGCUUCCUCCCCUACCACAUCUUCAGAAACCUCAACUUGUUGUCUCGAGUCUGGCAGCUGCAAGGGUCCUGCACACAGGCUUUAAAGAACAUCUACAUUUCCUACCAGGUGACCCGAGGCCUGGCCAGCUUCAACAGUGCCCUCAACCCCCUGCUGUACGUGAUGACCAGUGAAGACUGCAUGUCACGCAUGAGGACCAUCCACCAAAAUGUCAGCCAGUCCCUGGGGUCCAUCUUUAGGAAGAAAACCUCUUGCCAGGUAGAUGAGAAGAAGAUGAACAUCUUUCUUUGUGAGGAGGAGGCUUCUGAUGAGCUCUGA